AUGUCCGACGAAGAAGACGACUAUCUAUCUGACAAGUUUUUGGCAUCUCUGGAAGCUCCCAAGCCAGACGCAUCCAAUGCCAGCUAUGCCGAGCGCCGUCGAAUCGCCCAGCGCGAAUCUGAGCGUAAACGACUGGAGGGUCGUAUCAAGUCACGUCGCGAAAUGGAAGAGGAGGCUCGUCGAGAAGGAUUGAGCCGGAGUCUUUUUGAAAAAGAGAGCGCCACCGAGGGCGAACAGCCUUCCAAUAAGGCCAUGUCGAUGAUGCUUAAAAUGGGAUUCAAGCCUGGUGAAUCGCUUGGUAGAAAGGAGGAACCGGUCAAACCACCGAGUGAUGAUGCAAAGGAUGAAAAAACAGGGGAAAUUUCUUCUGAGCAAAUCAAGUCUGGGCAUCUUACUGAGCCUUUACCUCUUGCCGUCUGGGCAGGCAGGAAAGGUCUAGGAUUGGGUAAACGAGCAAUGUCUCCACCACUCGGUGGCUCGUCCAAAGCUGCAAAAGCGGGUGAUUACGAAGAGCGGAGAGAUGAAGGGCGUCUGCGCGCUGCACUGAGGACUUGUGCCAAUUUAGAUGAAGGCCACGGCGUCAAGUUUAAUGUUCUUCGAUUGAAUCCGUCUGACCCGUCGUCUAUCCCUGAACUCCUUUAUGACUUGCUCACGCGGGCGCCCUCGGGUGCCAUUGAGGACAAUUCCCUGCACGCCAAGCCUGGGUACCAUGUGCCCGUUGGCGAAUCCGAAUUCGACGAAGGCUUAGGACUGGGGACUGACAGAGCUAUUGCUGCCAGGUUAAAAGAACAAAUGAAGGCUGACAGUCUAAGGCCUCUGAAGGAAUCCAACGAAGAUUUUGUUGCAAUGCGAGAUGCUGUGAAGGGCGAUGCUCCCAGAGCACAAGUUGCCGACGACCAAAUAGACUUUGACCAGGAGACCGUGGACGCUGCCAAAGAAUAUAUACAGAAGAAUGCAAGUAUUUCCGUUAGACUCUACUUUAAGUAA